AUGAGCCUGCCCCUGGAGGAACUGCUGAAACUGGAGCCCGAAGAAAUAGUGGCCCAUAACGAGCGCCCCAAGGCCGACGACCUCCGGAACAAGCAGCAGAUUUACUACGAGGACGUCGAGGAGGGGUUGGAGUUACCCAAGUACGUUUACAAUCCCACUCCCACCCAUCUGUUCCGCUGGAGCGCGGCAAUAGAGAACUUCCACCGGAUUCACUAUGAUCUUGACUUUGGGCUGAACCACGACAAGAAUCCCAGCAUCCUGGUGCACGGAUCAUGGAAGCAGAGCGUGGUUCCCCAGUUCUUGAAGGACUGGACAUUGCCCAAGGGUUGGCCGUGGAAGGCCCAAUUUGAGCAUCGGGCCAUGCUGGUUCCCGGCGAUGUUCUCAUCAUGUGGGGCAAGGUCACCAGCAAGUAUGAGAAGAACCAAAUGGGUUUUGUGGAACUGGAGAUCGGGAUGAAGACCCAGGACGGCAUAGAAAGCAUGCCAGGGACCGCAACCGUGGUGCUGCCGCUGCGUAACGGCCCCGACAUUCCCUAUCCCUUUGUGCCGCCGGAAGAUUAA